AACGAUUCAAGCAUCGAUACAAAGCUUCACCUGAAAAUCGUUUCAGUUUUUUUGACACGCCUCGAAGCUUUGGUGUCACAGCUAACAUCACUACAAAUGAGUGAAACAUCUUGAUACAGUUUGGGAAACAGAUCGUGGAGAUGUCUGAGAACGUUAGUAUCUCUCAAAGAAACACGUGAUCUAGAAACGUGUGGAUCCAAAAAGAAGGAAAUGGCAAAGUCAGUCGGGUUAUUCGCAUGGGAACAAGGAAGAGCCAGCUGGCUCGCAUUCAAACAGACAGUGUGGCCGGCAGACUGAAAGCGCUUUAUCCAGAUGUUAAUCUAGAGAUAGUUGCUAUGUCGACAAUUGGGGACGAAAUCCUGGACACUGCAUUAUCAAAGAUUGGUGAAAAGAGCCUCUUUACCAAAGAGCUGGAGAAUGCCCUUGAGAGGAAUGAAGUGGAUAUUGUGGUGCACUCUCUUAAGGAUUUACCUACCUCAUUGCCCCCUGGAUUCACUAUUGGAGCCAUUCUUCAGAGGGAAAAUCCCCAUGAUGCAGUGGUGCUUCAUCCAAAGAAUGCUGGACUUAUCCUCAACAGCUUGCCAGAGAAGAGUGUGAUUGGCACAAGUUCACUUCGCAGAGCAGCUCAGCUAAAGAAACGAUUCCCUCAACUGGAGUUUGAAAAUAUUAGAGGAAACCUAAACACCCGUCUGAAGAAGCUGGAUGAAAAGGACGACUAUGCUGCCAUUAUUCUGGCCGCAGCAGGCCUCAAACGUAUGGGCUGGGAAAGCCGAAUCAGUCAGAUUCUGGACCCUGAAGAUUGCAUGUAUGCAGUUGGCCAGGGAGCACUGGCAGUGGAAAUCAGAGCACAAGAUAAAGACAUUCUGGAAAUGGUGUCUGUCCUGCACCAUCCAGACACAGUGCUGCGGUGUGUCUCAGAGAGAGCUUUUCUCAAAGAGCUGGAAGGAGGCUGCAGCGUGCCUGUUGCUGUUCAUACAGAAGUGAAAGGGUCCAUGCUGUAUUUCACUGGAGCAGUUUAUAGUUUGGAUGGAGCUGAUUGCUUGAAGGACACUAUGCAGACGGUUGUGGAAAUAGACAAAGUGAAUGAGAGUGCACAGGAGUGCGUACAUGUUGGAGUCACUGCCAACAAUGUAUCAUCAUCAGCCCUCGAAGCUGCUGAGAAACUGGGGAUGGAUCUGGCAAAUGCUCUCCUUAAUAGGGGGGCCAAAGACAUUCUCACAGCAGCCAGGCAACUAAAUGAUGCUCAAUAGCUGAUUUUUUACAUUUUGUGCACUGGAAUAUUAGACCUAGAACGUUUGACAUGCCGUUAACUUGGAUAAACCGUACACUCAACCAUAUGCUCUAUAGCUGAAUCUCCAGAGCUUAAAUACAACCUUUAUUGGCUGUAUGUAUAUAUAUAUAUAUCAGUGUAUUUAAAAACAACCAACAGGUUACUUCAGAUACUAUACCUCAGUGCCUCAGUUUAACAAUGUGAUGGCACCAAUUUUUCUCUCAGCUUCUGGUUCGUACACAAGACACGGACAUUUGUACUGUUUUGACUGCCAUCGUCUCCUCAGGCACAGGAUUCUGGAAGAGAAUUUAUGCUGAUAGUCUUCCACUUCUAAUGAUGGCAGGCUACCUUCUUUAUCUAUGAACCACUUGAAAAUGAGGAGACAAAUGGCAACCUUUUACAUCUGGCCAUGAUUUUAAUCACGAAUUGAGUAUAUUUUAUCUUUAUGUACCUCACAAAAUAUGGCUUUAAAAAAAAAAAUGUAACGGCAUAUCCUCAGUCUUAAAACUAUGAUGCCUUUUAUCAAUGCAGAUAUUAAUUAACCAGA